ACAGUGGACGGGACGAUGAACAAAGCACUUUACGAGAUGGAUUAUCACCGAAAGAGAAUGAACGAGUAUUUAUGCCACGGAUUCAUGGCGGAAGAGAUCUUCAAGGAAGUCGGAUCCUCGAGGGUGAAGAGAGGUCCUGACAUUUCCUCGGCAUCAUUAAAUGACUUCUUGGGUGAAAAUAACGUGACCGUCCAUGACAAACUCUUGUCAGACGAGGGGAGUUCGAAAUACAAAGACUGGCUGCAUAAGUCGACGACGCUUGAUGACAUCUACCGUCAUUAUGCACCGCGCAAGAAAACGAAGAAGAAAGGGAAAUUGGAUCGACUGGAUGGCACCGAAAUCGAUGAAUUCGAUGGGGAAGUUACUGGAUUUGCGAUGCCGGCGCCUUUACCAAGUGGAAAAAUCGGACAUCAUUACGAAUCAUUCGAUGAUCCUCCAAUUUCGGCGAGUUCAGGACACGGAUACCAAAGUGGCGGUCCAUACGACCCCCCACAUGAAUAUUUUCCUCCAGCCAUUCACGAAGAGUACUAUUACUCCGACCACGGGAAUGAUAGGCCUUCUUAUCACGGCAAAGGGAAAGGCGGGGACCUGUCGAUAAAGGACUUCUUCGAGAUCGCAUUGACCGCCUUGGCUUUCCUCGCGUUUGGACUCUUCGUCAUCCAGCUGCUGAUGAACGUCACAAAUGCGGCAACAAUGACUGCAGCUGCUGCUAUCGUCCAAGCCGACAUAGACGGUACUCGUUUCAAAAGACACGUAUCUUCUCCACCUCUAUUUUAUUCCGGAAACGAGGAGCUGAAUGAACUUUCUCACCGAGUUUUGCGAUCUAUCGAGGCCGCCAUGGUGGCCGAACACGACAAUGGGAAUUGUUUAAGAAGGAUUCUGUGCGAAGAUAACAGACACUCGAGGGAGAUCGGAGGAGGCAGAAAAAUUUGGGUCCCCGUGUGGAGUCUGGGGAUGAGCUGGGUAUCGGGCAGAGUGACGAGGAAAUCGAAGUGGUCCGCCAUUUUGGAUUCCCUGAAAGCCACGAUUCUGGGUAUCGGAAAUGCCGAUUGCGCCUCUCUUUAUCCGAGUUGUGAUCUAGGAAGAGAGAGAAUGAAGAGGCGUCGAAAACGUCGGAAAUAG